ACAAGACUAGCUAGUAGCUACAUCAGUAAACAAGGAGAACGUACACUAGUUACUUCAAUAACUCAUCCAUGUCCUGCAACGCACUUUGUCUCUGUCCCUGCCUCUUUCCUCCUUCCAUUUUCCGACAUGAAUUGACGUCUUCACCAUCAGGAAGGUCUAAGUUAACUGCCUUGUUCUCUAUUAAUCCAUCUAGGACUAGGACUAGGAGGUUAGCCGUCUCCACACACCACACUCCAACCUUGACGUCUCGGAUAACGGGAGCUAUGGAGGAUCAUGAUCAUCGUCAUCGACAUGUAGAGGACGAGCUGGUGAGCUUCAAACAUUUUAUUGAGCAAGCUAAGGAUCUUGUCAGACCAGACAGCAGUACUUCUGCACCGUCACCUCGCUGGUUCUCACCUUUAGACUGCGGCCCCCCAUUGGACAAUUCCCCCCUGCUUCUCUUUUUGCCCGGAAUUGAUGGCACCGGACUUGGGCUUAUAAUGCAUCACAAGAAACUAGGAAAGAUUUUCGAGGUCUGGUGCUUGCACAUCCCUCCUAAAGAUCGAACACCAUUUACAGACUUAGUGAAGCUAAUUGAGAGCACAAUUCGGUCAGAGCAUCAUCGCUCACCUAAUAGACCAAUAUAUCUUGUUGGAGAAUCGCUUGGAGCAUGCCUUGCACUAUCUGUGGCAGCCUUUAACCCUGACAUCGACCUUGUUCUAAUUUUAGCAAGUCCAGCAACAUCCUUCAGCAGGUCACAACUUCAACCCAUAUUACAUUUACUGCAGUUCAUCCCUGACUCACCCAAUCUUAGCCUUCUUCAUAUACUCAGUUCAAUGACUGGUGCAAUGAUGGAUAAUUUGGAGAAAGGAAUUGAAAGGCUAUCGCCGGAUCUUGUUGCACCAUCAAUAGCUUACCUCUCUGUUAUUGCUGAUAUCUUACCCAUGGAAACACUUGCAUGGAAGCUACAAAUGAUUAGUUCAGCUUCUUCUUAUGCCAAUUCACACCUCCAUGCUGUGAAGGCUCAAACCCUGAUACUUUCCAGCGGAAGGGAUCCAUUGCUACCUAGUCAUGAGGAAGGUCCGAGACUACGAUGGCUGCUGGCAAAUUGUGAAAUCUGUACUUUUGAAGACUGCGGUCAUUUCCUCUUCUUGGAAGCUGCUCAUGAUUUGGUAACUGUCAUCAAGCAGCUUGGUGUCUAUCGUCGUUCAAAAGAAAGAGACUUUGUUUCAGAUUACAUACCACUAUCACCUUCUGAAUUAAAAAAUGUAUUGGACAAACACAGAUGGAUUAGCACAGUCAUGAGCCCAGUUAUACUCUCAACUUUAGAAGAUGGGAAGAUAGUGAGGGGCUUUGCCGGGAUUCCUUUAGAGGGCCCUGUAGUGUAUGUUGGUUAUCACAUGUUACUGGGAUUUGAACUCUUUCCAUUGGUAACGAUGUUUUCAGAACAAAAAAACAUCCCUCUGAGAGGUUUAGCACAUCCAGCGAUGUUUAUGAAAUUGAAUCAAGGAUGGUUACCUGAGCAUAUGUUUGACGAUCUCAAACAUGCGGGGGCUGUUCCUGUCUCCGGAAAAAACUUUUUUAAGCUUCUCUCUACAAAGUCUCAUUUCCUACUCUUUCCUGGUGGAUUGCGGGAGGCUUUACACUUGAAGGGGGAAGCAUAUAAGUUAUUCUGGCCGGAAAGGGCAGAGUUUGUGAGGAUGGCAGCUAGAUUUGGCGCGAAGAUCGUACCUUUCGGUACAGUUGGAGAGGAUGAUUUUGCUGACGUAUUAUUCGAUUAUGAAGACCAGAUGAAAAUUCCAUUCUUCAAGAAAUAUAUAGAUGAAUUAUCGGAUAAAUUAGCUGGAAAAGUGAGGGCAACUUCUGGGGGGGAGGUAGGAAACCAAGCUUUAUACUUGCCAGGAAUUCUACCAAAAUUUCCUGGCCGGUUUUAUCAUCAUUUUGGGAAACCAAUUGAAACAGAAGGGAGGAAGGAGGAAUUACGAGACAAGGAAAAUGCUCAUGAAUUGUAUUUACAGGUGAAGUCAGAUGUUGAGAACUGCCUUGCAUAUUUGCAGGAAAAAAGAGAGAGUGAUCCAUACAGAAGCCUUGUGUCUCGGAUACUAUACCAAGCCAAAAAUGGCUUUACAGCUCAAGUUCCUACAUUUGACGUGGAUUAAUUGGGUUGGAAUUAGGCUAGAUUUGGAGUUUUUUUAUUUUUUUAUUAAUCAAAUAAGGGAUUAGGCGAUAUUAGUUCCUCGGAAACAGACGAUAUAGGGAGCAAGUCCCACCCUCAAUCCUGAAGGAGAAGGGUCUGCCACACUUUGGGAAUUAAGCUAGAUUUGGAGUUUGAUUCUCCUCUAAUGUAUC